AUGGACCGAUGGAAUAUUCUCCAGAAAACCGGAAAAUAUCCAGAAAUCCGGGAUAUUGCCGGUCCCAAGUUUAUAGGAUAUUUGAUUCCUCGGUUCUCUUCGAAAGUCCUGUCUUCGAUCAACCAAACUCUCUCAACCUGUCCGAUUUGGAGGCGGUGGAAAUUUUCGUAUCGAGAUGUACCCCCAGUUACAAACAAAACCAUCCUUGUACUCUGUAAUGUUGUGGGAUUCACAGUCUGGUAUUGGAUGAUGUACAAGGUGUAUCAUGAGUUUGACCAUAUCGUCGGACAUUUUACCUACCCCACUCCAUCCAAGUGGACAGAUGAAGAAUUAGGGAUACCACCUGAUGAUGAAGAAGAAUAAAACUGCUGAACUAACUAAAAAAUGGCUUUGUUCUAUCUAUGUGGUUGUUACUACCAAUGAUGAUGAUGCUACAGCAACAAUGACAAGAAAAACAACAAGAUGGAACCAGCUACUAUCAACAAAGUCCUUCAGCAAAACUAUUUCUUUGUGUAAAUAGAUUAAUAAACCUUGAUAGAAUAUUGUUAUAUUAUGGA